GGAUUCUUGGUGAGUCACGCAAUUAAAAGCAAAGUCAAUUCCAAAGAGGCUCUUAUUCUCCUUCUCCUAAUUAUCCCCAGGGAUAAUUGACAAUUGACCUUUGCCCCGCCAUCCGAAGCCGGACGUACUUCUCUUUCUUCUCCAAACCUCCGCCACUAGGACCGAUUGAUUGAUCCUCCAUUCGAUAUCGAAUCCGACCAUUACGAUUGCGAAUCAUACCGACCGUGCGAAUUCACCAUGGUUUCCAUCGUUCUAGGCAGUCAAUGGGGAGAUGAAGGGAAGGGAAAGAUCACAGAUAUGCUGUCGCAGCAGGCGACACUUUGCUGCCGUGCAGCUGGUGGCCACAAUGCCGGCCACACCAUUGUUCACGAAAAUGUCACUUACGACUUCCACAUCCUGCCCUCCGGCCUGGUCUCGCCCUCAUGUAUCAACCUGAUCGGCGCUGGUACCGUCUUCCACGUCCCCAGCUUCUUCAAGGAGCUGAAGGCUAUCUCGGAGAAGGGCUUGUCAUCUGCCAGCAAGCGCAUCUUCGUCUCCGACCGCGCGCACGUCUGCUUCGACCUGCACUCCGUUGUUGAUGGCCUGGAGGAGGCCGGUCUGGGUGGCCGCAAGGUCGGCACCACCGGUAAGGGAAUUGGCCCCUGCUACAGUGACAAGGCUGCCCGCCGCGGUGUCCGCGUCGGCGAGAUCCUCGACGAGGAGACCUUUGAGCGCAAGCUGCGCACCUUGGACAUUGCGUAUCGCGCGCGUUUCGGCGACAUUAACUAUGAUGUCGAGGAGGAAAUUGCCCGCUUCAAGGAAUACCGCACCAUGCUCAAGCCCUACAUUGUCGACCAGCUUGAGUUCCUGCAGGAGCACAAGAACUCCCCCAACACCCUUGUCGAGGGCGCCAACGCCCUGAUGCUCGACCUCGACCACGGCACAUACCCCUUCGUCACCUCUUCAUCAACAGGUCUCGGCGGUGCCGUCCAGGCCCUGGCCUUGAACCCCGCCAGCAUCAAGUCCGUCAUCGGUGUCGUCAAGGCUUACACCACCCGUGUCGGCUCCGGUCCUUUUCCUAGCGAACAGCUCAACGAGGACGGCGACAAGCUCCAGAGCGUCGGCCGCGAGUUUGGUGUUACCACUGGCCGUCGCCGCCGCUGCGGUUGGCUCGACCUGGUCCUGUGCCGCUACUCGCACGCCAUCAACCACUACACCGCUCUUAACCUGACCAAGCUCGACGUCCUGGACGACUUCGACGAGAUUAAGGUCGGUGUCGCUUACAUCCUGCCCUGCGGCAAGCGCACCACCGGCACUUUCCCCGCCGACCCCAACAUCAUCGAGAAGAUCAAGGUUGAGUACGUCACGCUUCCCGGCUGGAAGACCAACACCAUGGGCGUCACCCGCUACGAGGACUUGCCCCCCAACGCCCGUGCUUACAUUGAGUUCAUCGAGCGUGAGAUCGGCGGUGUCCCCAUCAAGUGGAUCGGUACUGGCCCUGCUCGGGAACACAUGAUUGCCCGCGAGUAAAAAGAGUGUGUUGAUGUGUUGAUAAUUCGGGUUAGUUGAUCGUAAGUUUCUAUCUAACCCGUUGGUAAAUGUUUAGAGAUACUUCCCACUUGUUCGGUUGUGCUUUUUCCCUUUCGUAUUGCAGUAUAUUGGGAUAUUUGAUUGAAUCAUACACGGUUUCGACCUUUAUUUGUUUUGAUACCAUCCAUAUCCCCUCAUGAGUGAUUUGUUACUUAUUUUCCUCCCAAAAGAUUGGUCGUGUGUUUCAAAGAUGACUUGCACUGAGACUUGGACUUACAUGACCCGAGGCUAUGUGGAUACUUUUAGAUGUUUGGAUGUUAGGGGAAAUGGCUAACUGGAGAUACUGUGCACAUAAUGCACAUAUACGAAUAUCAUAAUGAUUCAAGCUUUGAAGUUGGA